AUGAGGAUCUUCGGCCCAAAGUCCAUCCUGACGGGGGCGUGUCUGCUCCUUCAUAUAAAGGCAUCUUUGGUUGUUCGAGCCGAACCCGCUGAGAUUUCUAUCCCAGAACUAGACGCCUUCAUCCAAGCCAAUGCCGCUAGCAUAGUUCACUUCCAAGACACCAUGCGUGAUGUCUCCCUGUUAUGGGAUGUAAAUCGCACUAUUGGUAAAAAACCCAAUAUUCCGCUUACGCUCGAUACUCUACGUGGGGAUCUCGAAAAUAAAGUCAACGAACUCAACAGUAUCGCAGAGGAUGACCCUCUGGCUGCGCCGCAGACAUUAAAGGCGCUUGGAUUUGCAAACCAUACAAUUCCGGAGAAAAACAGCUUUGAUUGGGAUGAUGAACCAGUAAAUCGGGUGCUUUACCCUAUUUUCCUAAUGCUACAGGAAUCCUUAUCUGUCCGAAGAACAUUCCGGGGUUUUCUUGAUUGGGCUGAUAGCCACAUCGGGCUGACCCAUUGGCCCAAUCUUGUCGCAGGUCAAGAGAAAGAGAGUGCAUGGGUUGCCCCAAAGCUUUUUGGGGGCUCUAUUUACAAGUAUCGAGGACUUUUUAUCUACGACAAGGGUAAGCGGGCAAACAAUAGUAGGCAGCUCAAUAUUUAUUUCUUAGUUUUUGACACGGGGGUCCACUACAUGCAAAAUUUACUCACAAAGACCUUCAAGGUGGGCCCUAAGUUUGGUAUUGCAGUGGAGAUCAAAGAAUUGAUGGAGGAUAUAAUAAAAAUUGCUGCUGGGUUUAGAGAGGGGGUGAGGAGAGCAAGGGAAGCAUAUGUCGCAAUCCCUCCACUUCCUGGGAGUGUCGAAGAUGAAAAUAUUAAGGACGAUAUCGAUGAAAACGUAGGGGUUUCUCAGGUCCCGAAAACGCUUCAAAAGAAAAUUUUAGUUGUUCCUGAGUAUAUAGAAUCUGGUCCUGAGACUAUGACAGAGAUACUCAAUAUACCCGAAUUUCAGUUCGAGGCAUCAGGUGAGCUACAGCCGCCUGAGAGUGUGAGUUUCAACUAUGGGCUGUUACGGUCUCUUCCGGCUUAUGUAGGGACCGACUUUGAUCUUCUUAACACACCCGCAUGUUCCUUCGAGGAGGAGAUGGCUGCCGCGCGCGAUCCUCAAGGCCAGCAUCGUUGCAGUAUCUUCUAG